GAAGAUCAGCCUACAGCUGUGCUAUUGGUGCAUGUUAUACACUGUCAUAAGAGUUGGGUUGUUCCUAUUGUGCAAAGAGGAUAGAGCUUUGAGAAUCUUUGCAAAUUAUUGCAAUGACCUGCACAAAGAUCUCAUGUGACAGUUAAGCGAUGCAGGGAAAGUGAGAAUUCACAGACAGUGUGAGCAAAGGAGGAAGUGAGAAAUUCUAUCUCUUCAUCUGAAGGCUGAAGGGAGAUGGAGAGCAGACUGAAAUGAUGCAAAUAGGCUGUCACAGGUAAACAUCAGGAAUAAACCAAUCAUCCCAACAAUAAAUUGCCAGUGUGGUGAGGUGGGCAACAAAGGACUGAAACAAGUGAGCAAAAGACAGAAGAAGAACAGCAGAUCUACCUGAGAAAAUGUUUCAAAUCCUCACAAUACUAUUGCUGGAAACACAGCUCUCCAUGGUCUCAGCUUUAUUUACAGUUGAAGUUCCUCAACAGCUCUACACUGCGGAAUAUGGGAGCAAUGUGACCAUGGAAUGCAGAUUCCCUGUGAAUGGCUCUGUGGAUCUAGGACUCCUGACUGUUGUUUGGGAGCAGAAAAGGCAGGGCUCGUUGAAAUCAAAAGAGGUGUACACAUUCCGCAAUGGGAAGGCACUCCAUCCAUCUCAACAUCCUGAUUACAUAGGAAGAGCAUCACUUCUGCACAGUGAACUGAAGCUGGGACGAGCCAUCCUCCAGAUCACCAAUGUUAAGAUAACAGAUGCAGGAUCAUACCUUUGUCUCAUUGACUACCAGGGCGUGGACUACAAGUACAUUGCUUUGGAAGUAAGAGCAUCUUACAAGAGAAUAAACACUCAAGUAAUGAGAAUACCAGGUGAAGAAAAGUUUGUUUUUAUGUGCCAGUCAGAAGGCUUUCCUCUGGCAGAGGUUUUCUGGCAAAAUGAGAACCUCAAUCUCAGUGGAUCUGCAAAUACCACCUAUACACUGACUGCAGAUGGCCUCUACAAUGUCACCACCAUCCUGACAUUCAAACCAAAUAUGAGAGAAAACUACACGUGUGUCUUCUGGAACAAAGAACUGAAUGGAGAAACUUCAGCUCACUUUUCCCCUUUAGCUUUAAUGAGUACACAGUAUAGUGGACAAAAAUUCCUGAUAUCUUUAAUCAUCCCCACAUGUGUGACUGUAGCUGUCCUUCUCUCUGCACUAAUAAUAUUUCAGAAGAGAAAAUCAUUCAAGAAUGAGCAACCCAAAAAAGACAGGAAGAGAAAACUGAACCCUAAUGCAAAGGAUGAGAACAGUGAUGAUUUUAACUCUCAGACUGAGGCUUUAUACUUGUCAACUGUCACAGCUUCAAGAGACUGUGGGAGUGUAGGUCUGUGAAAAUUCUUCAUCUUGCAUGCCAUAAUUUGAACUUUUACCAUUGGUUUUUGGGGACUUCAAAAGAAAAUUACAGCACUUUAGCCUUAGGAUAAACAGUGAACUCAUGGGGAUGUAUUUGCACUGCAGCGAUUGAAAGCCAUGCCUCCUCAGAUACCAUAUCUUCUUGAAGUUACUGAGAACUAUGCUGUCAUGAAAUGUGGUUUAACACUGUGGAGAGGUCAGCUGAGUGCCUUUGAUACACUUUACUUUUGGACUUACUGUUGCUCAAGGGAUUUUUGUUUAAGAAUCAGCUGAGUGCUUUUGAUACACUUUACUUUUGAACUUACUGUUGCUCAAGGGAUUUUUGUUUAAGAAUGCCUUUAUCAACUAUUCCAGUCUCAGGAAUUGUGCUUGGAGUCAAAAAUCUUGUGGAAUUUGAAUAAAAGCUGUAAAUGCUA